GAUGACAACAAACCGUUCUAGUCUGAAUCUCGGAUUAUAGGCGCAUAAAUAGGGGAUUAUUUUCUUGUUGAAGCAAUCAAUACCGAUUUUAUUUAUCCAUCAGAAAACCGAAGUCACAGGUGACACAAGAUGUAUGAUGUAUAUGCAAACAACUCGCAGAGCCAACCAACCACCCCGCCGGCCACAGAGAAGGUGCUCCGCUUUGACCGCGGGUACAUCUCCUCCCUGCCUGGCAUUCUCAAGGGAGUCCAGUUGUUAUGUAAUCUGAUUGGUUUCAUCUGCAUAAAAGUGUCAAACAUCUGGAUCUCAUCGAUCCCCUACAACCUGCUGUACUGGAUCUGUAUGGUUAUCACCACGUUCCUGCUACUAUCAUACUCGUUCCACGUGGUGGAGAAGCACGACCGCUGGCCGUGGCUCAAGCUAGAGUUCUUCUACUGCUGCGCGGUCGUCUUGAUCUACAUCAUCCUAGCAAUCAUUGCCACUGUCAUCGGCGAGGGCGGGUAUGCCGUAGGGUUCUUCGGAUUCUGCGCGAUCAUCGCGUACGGCUUCGACGGCUUCCUCAAGUACAAGGCGUGGAAGCGCGGCCUGCCGCCGCAGUAGGACGACACAUCCACCACAACACACACAUAGUUACACACGCAGUCACACACACAACUAUCUAGUAUGUCCAAGGC